AUGGCGAAAUUAGAGUGGAAGGGGACGCCACGUUUGGAGAAAAAAGAAGACAUAGAGGUUCUUCUUAUUGGAGACUCGAUAAUUCAAAGAAUAAACUGCGAGCAGUUCAAGAAUACUACCUGGUUUUACUCGUAUCCUGGACUCGACAUGGAAAAAAUAAGACACGAACUGGAGAACAAAGUUAUUCUUCCACCACCAUCAAAAAUUGGAGUUGUUUACGUCAACGUUGGAACAGACGAAAUAACUUAUCUUCAAAAGACAAACCAGGAGCCGACCUCAAAGAUAUUCAGCCCGAAUCUGAUAGGCGUUAUUUCCGUUGUACGAAAACUUUACAGAGGCUCAAUCGUUCUCUGUGGGUCGAUUCUACCGCGACUGGAUGAUUGGAAUCCUCGACUGAGAGAAAUCAAUCUUCUGACGAAAGAAUUUGUUGCCAAUGCCAAUUCGAAUCAACUUCAGUUCGUUGACAUGUGGCUGAUGUUCGAGGAUAAAGUUGAUCUUUACAGGCAGAAAACGGACUACACCAGAAAUGACUGUCGGCGAGAAGAUACGAGGUCUUCUAAAGUGCAUUUGAACGAAAAGGGGGCGCUCCUUUUUCAGAGAGAACUGAAAAGACACAUUGAGACAGCAGUGGAUCUAAAAUUCAUGCAGAAAGAUAAAUUUCCGGUCCCAAUGACGCCGGAAGAGUGGAUGCGUUUUCGAAAAAUGACGCGUUCUAGCAACAUUGAACCAUUGUUCAAAAUAACAAAUUACCCAGAGGGUGCGAAUCGUGACGAUCAGCUAAUACCAUACAACGGCCCUCAACUCUCAACUCAAAUCGAUGAAAGCGAAAAAGACUCAACCUCAGAAACUUUAUAUUGCCACGGAAAAGAAAAAUUCAAAGAGAGGAAAUCUGCGAAAUCGAAAAAAUUAAAGCAUCGAAAACGGACAUCAUCCGAAAGUACCGGCGAUGCGCAGACAACAAGGAGUACCAGAUCGUUGCGGCAGCUAAAAGACCUUAUUUCAAGAGGCACAAUUUUAAACUUGAAUAAUCUUGUAAACUAUGGAUGCUGGUGUGGAGAGCGAGCGAUGAAAUCUGGCGACCCAAAGGAUCCUAUCGAUAAAGCGUGCCAUCUUCACUACAGGUGUACUCAAUGCCUAAGUCUCGACUAUGGAAAUUGCGAUCCGAAUCGUGAAUUUUAUAAAGGGCCAGAAAUGGUCGCUACAUCUCCUACUCAGUAUCGAUGUCGGCCGAAUUCGAGCAGAUGCAAGGAAGAUUUAUGCGAAUGCGAUGUCGCUUUUGCAAAUGCACUUUCACUUGCUCAAGAGAGUUUCAAUGCUUCGAUGAUAAACUUGCGCCCUUCCGAAUGUAGAGCGCCGCAGAUGGGAAUUGGCAAACGAUCGAAUCCUUUUGGUGAUUUCAACGGACAUGCAAGUAUGCUUAUCAACACUUCGGCCUUUCAAUGUUGCGGAGAAUACCCAAUGCGUUUUCCGUAUAUGAAAACAUCCACUGUUGCCUGCUGCGGCCCGAAGACCUACAAUCCAAAAGUACUCGAUUGCUGCGAAAGCAAUAUUAUUCGAGCGGUUGGUUCUUGUUUUUAG